AUGCAUACUAACCUAUUCCUCUCACUUUCUCUCUUUCUCUCUCUAACCCACGCCUUCGUCUACUACCCCAUCCCUACUACUACUACUACUACUACUACCCCAGAUGGUCUAACCCCCUACCCCUAUAACCUCUAUGACGACCCCCUUGCUUCGCAGUCCCUUCUAGCCCAAGUCUUAGAUGAAGCCAUCAAUAACCCAGACCCAACUGUCCUUAAUAAGUUAGCUGAUGAUAUAGCUAAUGAAGAGGACUACGAACGAAGACAAGCUAUGGUAGUUAAUGGUGGUACUGUUUUAGGCGGGUUUUCUCUUUCUUUUGAUGAAGGUCCUUGUAGUAAUACUAGGCAACUACUUUCUAUUCUAGCCCAGCAUAAAGUAACUUGUGCUUUUCAUAUUGAUCCUUUUAAAGUAACUAGUACUACUCUACCUUUAGUUAAGGAGAUGCUUAGACUAAACCAUGUAGUUGGUUUAGCCGUAGUUAGUACAGUUGAUUUAAAGAGUCUUUCUUUAGCUGAGUCUCAGCAACAUAUUCUAGCUGCUUUUAAUGCUUUUAAGAAGCGAUUAGGUUGGACACCUUUAAGUGUUCGUUUACCUAAGGAAGGUUAUUCAUCUGCUGAUGUAGAGUAUGCUUGUUCUUUAGGUCUAAUAGUUAGUGAGCCAAAUUAUGAUUUACAUGACUAUGAAGAUCCACAAUUUAUUAGUACUUUAUCUGAGUUAAUAUCUCAAUCUGAUCCCUUAUCUAAUUCCUUUGUUCUUGUUUUAAGAGAUAAGUAUAUUAAUUCUGUUAAUUCUGUAUCUGAUCUUAUCAGUUUAAUGACUAACCAUGGGUAUCAGUUACUUAACUAUCAGGAUAAUACAGGGAUUGAGACUUCAAGUGAGCCAAGUGCUAUUAUGUUAGGUGAUAUGGGUGGUGAUAUGCAUAAUAACGAUUGGGUUAGUAUGCUUAUCAAAAAUCAAAAGCAGAAUCAAAAUAAUGCUAAAUCUAAUCUCAAUAAUAAUCAAAAUGGGAAGGCAGCUGCUUUAAUUAUGGGUCCUGCUAAGAAAAUCAUUCCUAAGGUUGAAUCUCUAGCUACUAGUUCAGCUGCAGCUAUCAAGACUUUUACUAUUGGUGGUCUUAUCGUUAUAGUUGCCCUCUUUAUUUAA